CUUGCGGGAUAAAGUGUGUGGAAGGGCCAUCCAUGGAUAGAAACAUGGCAGAGGCAGCAGUUGAAACGCCUGCUGUGCGAUUUUUCUGCCACAAAUGUAACCAGGAAAUUAACCCCGUAUUACCGGAAUACAUUUGCCCCCGGUGUCAGUCGGGUUUCAUUGAAGAAUUGGCGCAGGGUCCCCCGGAUCACUCUAUAGAGGACUCUGAUGAUGAUUUAGACCAUGCUGCACAAUUUAGAGAGCUUUGGAACAGUACGAUAAUGGAUGUGCUGCGGAGACUGGAUCGUGGUCCUGGUGGCAUGGUGGAGGAUAACCUAUCGCCAGAUGCACCGUCAUCGUCAGCUUCGGACUCCAUGGUGCGGCGGAGAUCACCGGGACGGGCGGGCCGCAGGCCACAUCCUGAAAGCCAGGGGAGGCAGCCCCUGGAAGGUAUCAUUCACCAGAUUUUUGCCAACCUCACUGGAACUACAGGUUUCAUCUCCAACCAAGGCCUUCCAGUCAGGCUGGUCAACCUGCAUGGCAACCCUGGAGACUAUGCCUGGGGCCGAGGGGGCCUGGAUGCUGUCAUAACACAGCUCCUGAAUCAACUGGAUGGGACAGGGCCGCCUCCUUUAGCGAAAGACAAGAUUGAGCAGAUUCCCACUGUCAAGAUUGUCCAGGAGCAAGUUGACAAAUUGCUUCAGUGCACAGUAUGUAUGGAGGAGUUCAAGACUGGUGAACAAGUCAAGCGACUUCCCUGCCAGCAUCACUUUCAUCCAGACUGCAUUGUGCCCUGGCUGGAACUGCACGGUACAUGCCCCAUCUGCCGCAAGCUGCUGAAUGAGGAGGCUGGGUCGGAAUCUGCUUCUGCAGCCGGAAGCAGCACCAGUUCAGGACCAUCAAGGGCAGCAGGUGCAGGGCCAUUGCCGCGCUCUCAGAGUGACCGUCAUGACGCAGCCAUGGCGGCACUGUUGCGCAUGCAUGGGGCACCCAGAAGUGCCCGCUCAUCCCAUCUACCGCCUCCUGCGGCCUCAGCCUCGUCGUCCUCGUCCUCUACCUCCUCGCAGCCACCGACGAGCAGAGCUCGACGGCAGUCGCCUGCAAACUCUACGUCAUCGCGGCGAGGAAGCCACCCGGGUGGCAACCAGUACUCGGUGUACGACUUCAACGACGAGUGUGACUGAAACUUCUUGAGACGCCAGCAAACACCCCCAUGGAACUCCACAAGAAAAACACUUUUCCCCCUCUCCCAUCGGUGUGUUGCAGCUGGGACUGCAGUGCCAUGGAGAGAGAAGACUAGAUUGAUUGCAAAGAGGAAAAAAGAAAGUGAAGCGUUUUUAGGGAGCAGGAGGUGUCUGAAAAAAAUGGCCAUGGAGGCCCUGCCCUGGGCGUGGCCUAGUGUUCUACCCUUUCUCUUGUUGGACUUUGAAGAAGGGUUGUUGCUGUGUGUUUUUUUCUCUGUCCCACUUGGCCUUGUAUAGCUCGUAAAAUUUAUCUGGCAGGAAUGGCAUCAUUGCCUCUGGUGUGACGAGUGUAGCCGGUGUAAACUUGAGAGAAUGUGGCAGACAGAUGCCUGGAACUGAUUUCAGUUAAGGCUAAGGCUUUUCCUCAUCUGUUGCUCUGCAGGCUUGUUAAUGCUGAGUCUGAGUACUUUCUUGCAUUCUGUGGAGCAGGCAAGUUUCUCCGGUGCAGUGCUAGAAAAAGGUGGUGUGGCUCCUGCGUGUUGGCUCGUGUGACUAGCCUGCAUGUAUACAGCUGGUGUGUGGGAUCUUUACGCAAGGCAUGGCAGGCCAUUAUUGGCUCUGUGGGUAAACUUCCACAGAUGGCUGCCUUCUAGGCAACUGUGUGACCUUAACUUUGCCUAUGCCACGACUUCUGUCUAGUGAGCCUGAAGUAAAUAAAAAUGGGUGAGUGCCUGUGCUAUGCUGCUCUGGGCUUUGGACGCUUUCUUUCUGGUGCCACUGACAGGUAAAGAGCAACCUGCCUGGCAUAUCACAUUACAUAUGUAGCACUUAACAUUUGUAAAAAUUUCAGUGAAGUUCUCGCAUGAAAUUCUCUGUAGUUACUGCAGCAAGUCUUGUGCAAAUGCAUUAAAGAGACACUAAAGAGAAAUAUUAAAAUGGAGCCUAAAUUGUUCUUUUGGAGCAGAUUGCUUUCUUUUUACAGAAAAGAGACUGUUGGAAAUUUAUACAAAAGUCUUGCAUUACAAUCCUAAACUGUGGUGCUGGUGAAUGAAGUUGGUGAGAAGUUACUUUCUUCUUUUUUUUGAACAAAAUACGUAGGCAGAAGUACCCAGGCAUUGCAUUUCAAAUGCAGUACAAUGAUUAUUGGCGAGCUAUAAGUCUUAGCUGAAUGCUGUCAAAACUAAAGUCGAGGAGAGCAGGGUGCUGGGAAUCCUGCCCUUUUGCUGGCUUAGCAAGACUAUGCUGCUUCUGGGAAAACUGGAGAGUAUGGUACUUUAGAGGUGUAAUGUAGCGAUCUAGCUUAACCUUUUGUGUUCAUCUGUUGGGCCGACUCGCAAGGAUAUUUGUUCCACUCGGACUUCGGUAAACAUCUGACUUGUGGACGCUUGCGUGCGAUGGUUCUCUUCUUUGUUGCAGCUUGCAGCACUUCUUGGAAGCAUAUCAAUAAUUGCAAUUAGCAGUGUCUGCUUAUGAGGACGACACUGUUUUAAUGGCACACAUAGGGGAAUUUGUACACAUCGUGGUACGAAGCACUGAGGAUGAUGUUUUCUUUGCGUGCAUUUUACUGAAAGAACUCUAGAAAGUUUAACAUCUAAAGGUGAUCUUAGUUCUUCAAAUAUAUUCUGCCUUCAGAUGAUAGACCUUGAAUGAGAACGCUGAACAAUGAAAACCCUAGAGAAGCAUACCCUGCAGUGAUAGGCCAUUGCGUGAUACUGGCUGGAGACUACACUGUAUGAGAGCCUCGGGAAUACAAUAAGUUUUUGGAAGUAACUAAGUGUUCACACAAGACCUCUUUCUGUGAGGCAUCCAAAAAUUUCUGACUGGAACAACUGUGAAGGGAGUAAAUUCUCAUGACUGCAAAGGGGUAAUUUGGUUUUUCUCUUUAGUGUUCCUUUAAUUUGCCCUCGACACAAAGUAGCAUAACUCAUUAAACUUUACAGUGCGUACUUUUCUCGUAAACAGCAAGUAGUGACCUUGACAGCAAAACUGUUUAUGGUGGGCACUGAUCAUGUAAAAAGUUCUAGGGUAAGUGCGCAAACGGGUUGGUGUGGUUGCGAUUUGUCUAAAUAGUGUUGAAAGAUUGCAGCAUUGAGCUGGUACAAAAAAAGUGAAGAACUCUGGUAUGAUCUUGGCUGGGGUUAAAAAUUGCUGUUUUUUCUUUUUCAAACAUUGAAAGUUUUCAAAUGAUGCAAGUGAUAUUAAAUUACCCUCGAGCUAAGAAUACACUUAAGAAAAAAAAAAAACUUCACCUGCAUUAGUAACAUAUUCUACAAUACAAAAAUAAAAAGCGACCGAAACUACCUUGUGGUGAAUUAUCAUGGUGCAGAGCAUUAUAUAGUGGCUCCUUAUUUGUGCAUUUGUGAGCUAAACUUCCUUGUUUAUCUUCUGUUAGGUUAGAGUAGCACUGCCUACUGCUGAAUGUUCUUUUGCGCGAUGUAGGAGCAACACUCACUUUUGGUCAAGGCAUGUUUGCAGUCCGAGAGCAGCUGCAACUACGGAGAGUGGCGUGCGGUGUCUGGUGUCCAACCAUGGCAUCAAUGAGCAGGCGCUAGGUGCGUGCCAGUUGCACGGUGGCUGCACCUCUAGCGCGGGAAGGGGUCAAAGCUUUGCACUUUGUUGCGGAUGAUGUGAACUUCGUGCCUGGAGGACCCAGGACCCCCAAAUCAUCGUAUGGUCACGUGACUCACCUUAAGUGAACCCUUACUACAUAGAUAAUACAGAUUGGCCAUAUUUUCUAACUCCUAAGUUAGCUUAUCACUUCACACUCCUAAUAAAAAAUGAAUUUAGUUUUGCUUCAAUUUUUAUUAACGAUUGCAUAUAUCCAUGCUUUUUGAUUUAGAUACAUUAUUAGGUCUAGUUAAAAAUUGUGGCAUCAUUUUGACAACUUGGAAGUGGAAAACUGAUUUUUAAAGGUGAACCAAAAAAUUGAAAAUGAUCUUGCUGAGAGUUUUCUAUCUACUGCUUCACUUUAAAAAGCCACUCCUACCAUGAGAAGAGCCAAAAGAAUGACUGGUGGCAGCACUGCCUUGAAGUUUACAUACCAGGUCUCUGUGAAAUCGGGUUUUGACAGUUUCUGCCAAUACCUGGCUAAUUGUUUACCAGUAAACAUGGACUACAUUGUAUUCUCAAGAAGAUGAAGAUUGAACUUGGAAAUUUUGCAAGCUUUACUCGGAGCCAACGAGGCUCAAAUAUGAAAAAAUACUUUGAAAUUCGUGAUGUUACAUAGAUGUACAGGCGCUGGGAUUUCAGCAUGCUAGACAAGAAAUUGAACUUUAGCAUUAAUUUUCUCUUCAAAUAAUCAUCCUGUUAGCACAAUAUAAUGAAAAUCGAGAUUUUGAAGACUACUUCGGCAGUCUAAAUUGAGUUAGUAUUUCUCUUUUAGUGUAUCUUUAAAGGCCAAACCACAUGUAUGCUUGCUGGCACACAAAAGAUCAUGCCUGCACGCCUUGCGUUUGCUGCGCCUCACGAGGAAUGGCGAUUUGGAGCUACAAGGUGCAUGCCAAUGCGCGCAUCUUGGCUUACUAUUUUCAUUUUGGUAGACAUUGUUUCGUAUUUUUGUGAGGCAGCCAGAGCACCAAUAUUUGUCUGGAGAAGGUAUCUGUAAUUGUGCCGUGCUUCGUUGCAUACGAUCUGUCCUGCACCAUUUGAGCAUGUGUGAGGCAUGUGGGCAUGAGCUUUUGCACGUUGGCAUGCAUAUGUGUAGUUUGGCUUAGCAGUGCAGGCAGUCUGCUUCACAUUUAAGUAUAACUGUCAUCCAGGUAUGCUGCAAUUUCCUUGUCUACUGACGUGCCACACAUCAGCACUAAUGCAGGCGCCGAGGCACUGUAUUUUGUAGGGCCUGUUUUCAUUUUUCAGUGUUCUUUUUUUCCCUUUUUUAUGCCUUUUGUUGAUAUCUAGCAUGAUGCUAAACCUUCAUUGUUGGUGGAACAGGCUGCUCACUGCGAUGGGUAAUAAAAUUAAAAGCCAAGAAACCCUUGCAUAAUACAGCCCCAGAGGCAUAUGGUUUGGGGCUCAGCAAGUGUGGCUUGUGUCUAAAAUAAAAUAAAACUGGCUUUGAGGCAGAGAGUAAUAAAUUUUGUGCGUUGAAAGGAAAUUACUGUUGUUCUUUGAGCCCCAUUUUACAGCAACAGUUAUGAACUAAUUUGCAUUGCUUGGUCCACACAGGUUGGUGGCACAUGCACUUGGUAGUGUUGAUGGAAAAUGCACCUUGUCAUGAGACACUGUGAAACACGACAAAACAUUUGCUAACACUGCAGAUUCAUUUGGUGGGCAGUGAUGGUUCUGUCUUGCUCAAGACGGCAUGGAGAGCGCAAAUUAGGACACAAAUUUUUGUGGAAUUGUUCCAUUUGAUAGAGUAGGCUGUUGACUCUGAUAGCUUUGUCUGUUUGCUUUGUAGAAAGCGUCGCCAAGUGCUGGUGUUCUGAUGGUCGCUGUGGAAAACUUGGACAGGCCUUUUAGUAAUACAAACGCCCAAGCUCGACGGGAUCCAUAAGCAUGUUUGCACGAUUCUGUGCAUAGAGAAGCACAUAAUCUGAAGAGAAUAUGUAUUAGAUUUUAACAAGGUUACGCCAGCCACUAGCUAUCAUAAUUAUGUGCUUUAUUUUUGUGUUAGGAAAAUUUGGGAAACUCACUUUUUGUGGAAUUGUGUGCAAAGUUCAUUAGUUGUAACCAUUCUUUUUUCACGUUUUAUAAGAAUAAAAUUUUCCUUUAGUGAUACGAACUAUUCAAAAAGAAGGUUGUGAAUUCUGCCUUGUGAAAAUUGUGUGCUUCUUGUAGGUUUAUGUUGCAGAAGUUUCAUUUUUGUGAUUUGAGCUAACUAUACCCGCAUCUGAAUAUAGUCAAUUUAGACUGAAUUCUUAUUUUUGUCCUUGCUCUACACAUAAGGAUUUCAUGCUUGUGCACUCACGUAUUAACCUCAUGUUUUUCUGCUAGAAUGGUAACCGUAGAUUAUGGCAUUGAAUAGCCAACAGAUAGGCAACUUUUGCUGCCUUCCAGUAGAUGUCAAGAAAGAAUACAAAACCAGUUGAAGUCUGUGCCACUGUGAAGUUCCCACACAAGCCCUGCGUGAUGCGAUUUUGGUAAUGUUUGAAGGCUGUUCAUCAACUAACAAUGAUUGCAUUGCAUUUCAAAAUAAACCUCAACACGGCA